AUGCAGCUCAAAGCCUCUACCUGCUGGCCGCUCCUGGCCGCCGUCAUCUUCAGCCUCACCUUCUGCCGGACCGCCGAGGCCGCGCCCAUCCCCAGCGCCCCGGAGGUCGCUCCAUGGUGCCAGCCCGGGGAGAAACUGUUCUCCUGCGAGGCCAGAACCAAGCGCAGCACGGCCGUGGAGCCCGUCAUCGUCUCUGAGCAAGCCGCCGCCGCCCCCUCGCGCCUCAGCGCCCGCGACCCCCAGUGCCAGGACCUGGGCUUCGGCUGCGUAACGCAGUGCGACGACGGCUUCAACUGCCGCAGCGUCGCCAGGCCCGGGCCCGCCAAGCGCCACGUCAUCGAGGAGCACGCCGACAGCGAGAAGCCCGUCCCCGAGGGUGCUUCCGCGCGCAUGAUCACCCGCAGCUCCUAG